GAUAUAUUGUCUUUUCUGCGUCUGUAAAAAAUGUCGAGUAGGGGAGCUAUCUAUUUUAUUUAUAAAGCUCACGAACGGAUAAAACCUUUUGUUCAUAGAACACCUAUUAUUACUAAUUCGACCUUUAACAAUUUAAUUGGAAAAGAAGCCUUUUUUAAGUGUGAAAAUUUGCAGAAAACUGGAUCUUUUAAAGCUAGAGGAGCAUUAAAUACUAUAUUGAAACUCAAAGAGAGUAAUCCUAAUUUAAAAGGAGUUGUAGCGUACAGUAGUGGCAAUCAUGGUCUCGCUACAGCAUGGGCAUCUCGUUUGGCAGAGGUAAAGUGUUCGGUAGUUAUUUCAAAAACGACAUCUGAGUUCAAGGCCACAGCAAUUCAAGGUUAUGGAGCAGAAGUAGUAACAUGUGAAUAUGAUCCAAUAUCUAGAAUAGAAGCCUGUGAAAAAAUAGCAGCAAAAGAAGGAUAUGAAAUUAUCCAUACUUCAGACCACGAUGACGUCAUACAUGGACAGGGAACAAUCGCCGUGGAGUUAUUACAGGAAGUGCCAGAUUUAGAUGCGAUAUUGGUAUCUGCAAGUGGAGGCGGAAUGAUUUCUGGUAUAGCUAUUGCCGCUAAAUCUAUCAACAAAAAUAUAAAAAUUUUUAUGGUAGAACCUAAAGGUAAAAUGGCUGAGAAGAGCCUAAGGUCAGGCAAAAGAUGGUGGCCCAAUCCUCCACAGUUUAUAGAUACUAUUGCAGAUGGACUAAUGAGUCAACAAUUAGGCAUUCUUACAUUCCCCAUCAUCUGUAGAUUGGUAGAAAAAGAGGUUUUCACUGUUGAAAAUGAAGAUAUGAUUAAGGGAAUGGUGUUCUCUUUCCGGUAUAUGAAGAUGGUAAUAGAAGCCGCCGCUGGAGCUACAGUAGCUGCUGCCAUGUCAGAGAAGUUAAAACAGAUGGAUCCUAGUAUAAAGAAAAUCGGAGUUAUAUUAUGUGGUGGAAAUGUUGACAUGUUGAAAUUACCAUGGUACUCAUAAAAUGAAUAGACCAAAGGGUUUAAAUGUUUCUUAUAAUGUUUUAUGUAUAAUUGUGUACGAUAUGCAAUAAUAGGCAUAUCAGUGAAUAAACUGUUAUAACUACGUAUUAAUUACAAUGUAAAUGAAAACAAUUUAACCUUUAUUUCAGAUUACACGUUCUUACAAUUAAGAGUUAAAUGCUUCUUUUUGUAAUUUUAUCGGCCCGGGCCCGUUGUACAAGCGUUGAUCGAAACAUAUUUUGUAUGACGUGUGGAAGCGUUUCAGUCUAAAAAUGUGCGCACGUUCAACGCGUUUACACCCACUAUACCAUUACAAAAAGAAGAAUUCAAUUCAUAUUAUUACAUUUGUAAGCUACAACCAUGAACUUACGAGUAAAAUCAAGCCUUUCA